AUGGCGACAAAGAGGACGCGCGCAAGAUUAUCUAGCGUGCGUGUCGAUGAAGACGAUGUCAAGAUCAGCGCAGCAUCUACCACUGUGAUCAAAGAAGAGCGAAAAUCCACUCGAGCAUCCAAAAGGAUUAAAUCCCAGGCCACAGGGAAGGACACAACGUAUACACCCAUCGCAACGACUACCAAGCCCAAAACCACGCUCACAACAAAGGCAAAAGUGGACGUUGUGAAGCCUGGCCCAAGACUAAAAUAUGAAUCGCCUCUGGAAGGAGGAAACCUCCCACUUCCUUGGAAAGGCAGAUUAGGCUACGCCUGUCUCAACACUUAUUUGCGGACGGCGACGCCGCCGGUGUUCUGCUCGCGCACGUGUCGCCUUUCCUCCAUUUUGGAGCAACGACACCCGCUGCAAGACCCGGAGCAGCCACCGCACCGGACGAAGAACCGGCCAGACCGGACACAGCCGGCAGACACGUGCCGUGGCCAGCGAUAUGUCGAGGCGCUGGGGCUGGCCAACGCGCGAGACCUGGCGGCAAUGUUGCGGUGGAACGAGCGGUUCGGCAUCCGGUUCCUGCGCUUGAGCUCUGACAUGUUUCCAUUUGCGAGCCAUGGCGAGCAUGGCUAUGCGCUGGCGCCGUUUGCAGCCGAGACACUGGCGGCGGCCGGAUGCGUCGCCGCGAAGUACGGCCACCGUCUGACGACUCAUCCGGGACAAUAUACACAGCUGGGGUCACCCCGCGAGGACGUGGUCACGGCAGCGCUGCGCGACCUGGCCUACCACGCUGAGAUGCUGCGACUGCUGCAGCUGCCGCCACAACAGGACCGCGACGCCGUGAUGAUCUUACAUAUGGGCGGUGUAUUUGGUGACAAGGCGGCAACGCUGCGGCGGUUCACCCAGGUCUACCGCGAGAAGCUCACGGAUGAGGUACGAGCCCGAUUGGUGCUUGAGAACGACGACGUCGCCUGGAGCGUGCACGACCUUCUGCCUGUCUGUGAGGAGCUCGGCAUUCCGCUGGUGCUUGACUAUCACCACCACAGCAUCGUCCACGUCAACAACGAGAACGAGAAAGAGGGUGAUAACGAGAGCGAGAACGAGGACGCCGAUCUAGACACCAGUCCACCCUCAGUCGCCGCACGGACAGAUCUCGCUGCGCGUAUUCGGGCCACCUGGACGGCCAAAGGCAUCACACCCAAGAUGCACUACUCGGAGCCCAGUGCAGGCCCACUGGCGACACCACAUCAGCGACGAAAGCAUAGCGCACGAGUCGUCACAUUGCCUCCAUGUCUGGCCGAUGCCGACCUGAUGAUCGAGGCCAAGGACAAGGAGCAGGCUGUGUUUGAUCUGAUGCGGCGCUUCCAACUGCCGGGAUUUGAGCGCAUCGGCGACGUGCCGCCACACGAGCGAGAUACUACCGCUGUUAAGAAUUUUGAUGGGGUCGAUGUAGGCGGGCCGGAAGGACUCGUAUACUGGCCGGAGGGACACGAAGAUUGGCUCAAGCCGAAGAAGAAGUCUAGAAAGGUUGAGGAUAAGGAGGAAGAAGACAAAGAGGAAGAGGAGUGA